AUUUUUAGAAUUCUUAUGCGGGGGUCGGACAUUGUUUUGAUUGAAAUAUUUUACCUCGUCAGCAGAAAAUGAAGUAUUCACUGAUUAGACGAGUUUCUCCUUAUAAGGAAACUUCAAACGGCAUCGCAGUAUAUCCCCCAACACUUCCGCAGAAAAACGCUACAUCGUGCCUGCAUUGAAAGGUGCAGCAAGAGAAACAGAAGGGUUAAUUGUGUAUUGGUUUACACUUGAUUCCCCGAGACAUGUAACGAACGGUAGUGGGAAGAUUACAAUGCAAGACGAUAUUUUCCCGGCGGCAGAGAAAAUCCUUUCCGACAUCGAAAAUGUGGUGAAGAAGAAUCCGUCACUGAAAAGUUUCGAAAUAAUUCCCGCGGAGGAUAACGAAAAUAAAUCACCGGUGUAUCAUCAGGAAGACAGUCUUGGAUUGGCGUCAUGGUGCGUGCAACCGCUAUACUGUUAUGCCCAUCGUCGGCUUUUUGAACUACGCCAGAACAAACACAGACGAGAGGAGCCCAGUACGAUAGCAAGAUGGUUGCUGGGCGCUCUUUUGUUAAAUCCAGAAGUGACGACGUUUUGGAACAUGAGACGGGAGCUAGUGAGGAGUCAGAAGCUAGAAGCGUCAGAGGAGUUCGCUUUCUCGCGGUUGGUGCUUUACCAUAAGCCAAAAUGUUUCGAGGCGUUCGCUUAUCGACGAUGGUUACUGUCGUACGUGUUGAACGGAAAAGACAGCCGUUACGAUCCCGACCUGACGGAAUCGCCGCUCUGCACAGAAUUGAACGUCGCGGCUACCUGCGCGGACAGGUACGGGAAUAACUACGACGCGUGGAGUCACAGGCGUCACGUGAUGGCUUUACGCGAGUCGCGAGGAUUCACUUAUCCGACGCUCGAAAGCGAGUGGAAGAAUUCUCUUGCUUGGUGUCAACGACACGUGUCCGAUUACAGCGGGCUUUCCUAUCGACAGUUCUUAUUGCAGAGAUACAUGUUCGAGUUCAAAGAACUGCCGAGAGAUUCGUUGAUAAAGUGUCCGGAGGACGAGGAGCAAUGCAAGGACGAAUUGUACGCGUACGUUAAAUCAAACGUCAGUGCGGCGGGUGACAGGCACAAGUUGCAAAGGUUGUUCGAAACGAUGCGCACGGAAUUCAGGCCAGCCUCGUCGAGAACGGAACCGCAAACGUACUUCUGCGCUUUCUCCUAUUGGGCGGAGGAAUGUCGCGUGAACGAGAGCACCAUUUACACGUACAACGAUUACGAGGCCCUCUGGUGUCACCGUAGGUUCCUCGCGUAUCUUCUCGUGCGUUUUAUCGCAUUGUACGUAAAGCAUUCCUACCGCAGGGACGACCGUGACGAAAAGUCGAUCGAAACGAAAGAUGUUCAGGUAAAGUUGUUAGUGGCGACGGACGACGACGUGACGUUUUGCCACGAUUUGCUCGUGGAAGCGUUCCGCACGCGUACACGGAAGAUCGCCGAUCUCGCGGCGAAACGAGAUCAGCACGAAAAGAUGCUCGUCGAGAGGUUCUUCAAGUUUCUACGGAGUAUCGGAUUCGAGAUCAGGUCGUGA